AUCAACAUGUAGUGUCAUCCUAAAGAUCUAGCCACAUCUUGCCCGCAAAAAAAUCUCUCUGGCUUGUAGAUUGCUAGAACGCGGGGGAAUGGUUCAUCUGACGAGGCAGGCAGAGAGGAGGAAUAGCCUGCUGGGUAGUAUGACGAGGUUAAAAUUUUGAUUCAGAUUCGUAGGUGGCAGUCGACCAGAGGAGGAAGAGUCUACUGUGGAGGAGGUCAACAUUUGACUGAAACUUCAAGAAUUUCUUAUUUCAGUGUACCAGUCGCCAAAUCGUGCUGUAAAUAAAGUAGUAAUACGAUCUACGGUGAAUUUCUAUAUCCUAGCGGUGGCCGCAGAAGGAAUGACCAGCCACUAUGUACGAAGUCAAGCCCUGUGCGGAGAAGGUUCUGCUUGACCAUUCUGCUCAUAGUCCUGAUUGCCCAACUUUUCCUCACUACGACCACCACUUGAGCGAGUACGUCCUUAAAAGCUGCUCGCCCUUAACGCGCCGGAACUGACAAAGCCAACUCGACAAUUAAACCAUGCUGUGCGGCACGGGUAGCUUCAAGCACAUCGACGACGACCCGGCGGAGGACUCGCCCAAGCCCAGGAGGAGGAGGAGGCAUGGCGACAACCCGUUCGCUGGUCGCGGCCUGGACAAGUUCUCCACCGUGCGAUCCGACCUCGAGUCCCGCCGGGAAAAGAUCCUCCGCCGCGUCGGCUCCGACAGCGGCCUCGUCAUGGUCCGCUUCGUCCAGUGCAACGGCACCUGGGUGCCCAUCGUCGUCAAGCUUCCCGGCGGCGAGAAGCAGCUCAAGGACGCCGACGCCCCCAAGAAAGUACCCAGAACGUCCGCGUCGCCCUCGUCCUGCCCCUUGCCGGAUUCGGCCAGCUCGAGGGACGGCGCCGCCAAGAAAGCUACUGCUCUAGGCGUGGAGCCGGCGAGGAGGAGGAUCACAUCGUUCUCUCGUGGGAGGACCACAUCGUUCUCUCGGGGGAGGCUGCGGCCGCCGGCGUGCUACUGGCUGGCAGUCAUGGCGCUCACGCUGCUGAGCCUGGCCGUGUUCGGUAGGACGUUCGCCAUCUGCUGCACCUCCAUCGCGUGGUACCUCGUGCCCAGCCUAAGCAGCAGCUGCUCUAACGGCGCCGACCUUAGGCGGUCUAUGGAGAAGAGGAAGGUCGCCUCACCGCCGGCGAAACCGCACCACAAGGUGCUCAGCUCGCCGAGAAGCCAUGCCAAAGGAAGCAAAUGAACUGUGCAAAGAGUUCAACUGUUGAUAUUGCUACCAGUUUGCAAUAAAGACGUGGUGUAGUACUGGUGUACAGAUGCCGUACCGGUGUGGAAUGUAGAGAUAUUGUGCAGUCUGUAAAGGGGGAAUUUUUGAAAUCUAGGUACACCGGAAUCCAUAUUUAAGCAUCUACCGGUACAAAUGUCAAGAAUGGAUAAGAAUGUGCAUGUAAAUUUUCAAAAUUAAAUAUGAAGAU